AUGUCGGGAGAAUCGAAACCUAAUAUCCUUAUUGUCGGAGCAGGUCUGGGAGGCGUUAUGCUAGGUGCACUUCUGGAAAAGGCAGAUAUCCCUUACCUCAUAGUCGAGCGUGCAACGACCGUCAAGCCCCUUGGUUCGGCCUUGGCUGUGGGUCCAUCGAUGGUCCCGGUGUUUGAACAAAUGGGCAUCGACAAGGAAUACCUUGCCCUCGGAAAGCGAGCUCGCUACUCGAUGUUCAUCAAAGAGAACCAGGAAAAGUUGCUUGCCCUCGACUAUAGCCCCAUGGAUGAAUUCACAGGAUACCCAGGCUUCAUUGUCGCACGCCCUCUAUUCUACAGCCUCCUCUUAAACCAGAUCCCCACCUCCAAGAUCCACUUUGGAAAACGAGUCGACACCAUCCUUGAGACAAACGACAAAGUUGAGGUCCACACCACUACCGGAGAAACCUUUGUGGGAGACAUCCUCGUCGGAGCCGAUGGUGCUUACAGCAGUGUCCGGAAGGGGUUGUAUGAGAGAUUGAAGAAGGAAGGACGAUUGCCAGAACCAGAUCAGGAGGAUUUGCCAUUCAGGUGUACUUGUCUUGUUGGACAGACUGAGCCCUUGGAUUUGGAGGUUUAUUCGCAGUUGAAGGAUCCACGGUAUCCGUUUUUUACGACUAUUGGCGACGAUAAGCAAUUUAUCUGGUCCCUUUUUCCAACGGCAGAGAACACCAUAGCAUGGAUGUUAGUAGAGCAGCUGGACGCCUAUACGAGCAGAUCCGCCGAGGAAGAACGUACGACCAACAAUGCCGAGAACGCCGAGUGGGGUCCCAGUGCUACUCAAUCAAUGAUGGACAAGACUCGCGGGUUCCCGAUCCAUUUUGGGGAUGGAAAAAGGACUCUUGGGGAUAUGUUUGACAGGACGCCAAAGGAUUUAAUCUCCAAGGUCUCGCUGGAGGAGAAGAUCUUUGAGACUUGGUCUGGCGGUCGCACUGUUCUUUUGGGCGACGCCUGCCACAAGUUGAACCCUGCAGGAGGACAAGACGCAAUGGCACUCGCCAAUCUCUUCUACGCCAUGUCCUCCCCCUCCCUCUCCGAAAUCCAAACCACAUUCUCCGAAUACCGCGCCGAGCGUUACCCCGCCGCGGUAAAAGCCUUCGAUGCCAGCCAAACCCUCUCCAUGCUCACCGGCAAGAAUUUUGGUAGUAAGGUGGCUCUGUUCGUUGCACAGAACCUGCCGGAUUUCUUGUGGAGGCAGUUUGUGAAGAAGAUGUCCCCGAUUAAACCUCCCACCGUAGUCAUUGUAGGAGCUGGUCUGGGCGGCAUUAUGCUUGGAGCGCUCCUCGAAAAGUGCUCUGUCCCAUAUGUCAUCCUGGAACGUGCCUCCGCCGUCAAGCCCUUAGGGGCGGCGAUUUCUGUUGGGUGUGGCCUUGUCCCUGCAUUCCAGCAACUCGGUAUCUUUGACAAGCUGGUCUCCCUCGCCAAUCCCUCCCUCCACUCGUUGGUUCUGAGGGAGCCCAAGGAACUCUUACUCACUCUGGACUACACCGCUAUCAAGGGCUUGUACAUCCACCUCAACAAGCGGGUCCUGACCAUCUCUGAGAAGGACAACAAAGUCUUUGUCAACUCCACGGAUGGCUCUGUCUACGAGGGUGAUAUCCUUGUCGGAGCCGACGGUGCAUACAGCACACCCUUGAAUGCGACAAAGUUUCCGGAGCUGAACAACGUUGAUCAGCCGUUCGCCACCACCCUUGGCAAGGACCUGCCUUACUCUUGGGUCCUGUUCACAACAUCCAGUCGCACGAUCAGCUUCAUGGUGGUGCAACAUCUCGACAAAUACACCAACAAGACGGCCGAAAGGGAUCGUGCUGGCGACGAUGACAACUCAGAAUGGGGUCCCAAUGCAGCCCAGGUGAUGUGCGACCUAACCCGAGACUUUCAUAUCCCUUUCGGUACUGGAGAUUUCACUCUGGGAGACUUGUACGAUCAGACACCCAAGGAGCUGAUCUCCAAGGUGUCGCUCGAAGAGAAAGUCUUUGAAACAUGGUUCUCUGGACGCACUGUCCUCCUGGGAGAUGGAGCUUUGACGUCAAUGCAUGAUGCGAUUGCGUUGGGAAACCUGAUCUAUUCCCUCCCCUCCAACUCCAACGAGUCAAUUGAGACGAGCUUCAAGGAGUACCAGGACGAGCGCAUGCCUCCAGCCAUCGACGCAUAUAACAGCAGCAAGGCUAUGGCCAAGGGCAUGGAGCGAGGAAUCGGAGGCUGGAUCGCGUUCCAAGCAUCCAAGUACAUGCCUUUGUGGGUGUGGAACAACCUUAUUGUCAAGCCUGGGUGUGUUCACAGACCUCAAAUUGGGUUCUUGGAACGGGUCAAAGUUGAGGGAAGCGUUGUUCCUGCGGUGUCACCUAGUUGCGAGAAGGCUAGGAGUGUCUUUGAGAAGCGAGCGGGUGCAGUUCUUGCCAAAUGA